AUGUCAUUGUUCUCUCUGUGACUGGACUCUCGAAGAGAUCCGUUCGAAGUGGCUUUCAGGUAGACAACAGCAGAGAACAGGAUUAUUGGAAAUGGGAUGUUGUUGAAUGUUUUCUUGGCUUUUAUAGCUCAGGUAAAAUCUUAUCCAGGAUCUUACUGAAGUAAGAUUAGCUACAUACAUUUGAAUCGAGUUUUGAUAUUUAGAUAGACGUUUGAUUGCUCUGAUCUAGCUGUUUCAGUUGUAGACUUGAGACUGGAAUUGCCUGCGUUAAUGCCAUAAUAGUUAUCUGAACGCUGUGACAAACAACGUAACUAUAGCGUACACAUUUCUUGAAGAAACGUUGAAGAAAGAAUAGCGUCCACAAUGUAUCGGGACAGAGCUAGUCCGUCCCCCUCCACCCUGCCGGAGUCCCCUGGUCACAACUCUCCUGGUAGCGCCUUACUGCUGGGUCUGAAGAGGGUUUCUGUGCUGCUGGUCGACUGCAGGAAAACACCAGGGCAGAGUGGAACUGUGAGAGAAGGACACGAGGAGGAUGAGAAGGAAGAAGAAGGAGAUUUGAUUUCAUCAAGGGACACCCCUAACUGUCAUUCUCUCAGUGGGAGGGGCUUAUCAUCUGGGGAGCCUCAACAUCAUGUUGCUGACGAGGCAAAAAAAAGUCUCUACAGAUCAGAACAACUCAAGAAACCCCAGCAGAGAGGUUUAGGGAAGAAACCUCACCACUGCUGCUCUGACUGUGGGAAGAGUUUCACUAGAAGGAGUGGCUUCAUUAUUCACCAGCGGAUUCACACCGGAGAGAAACCAUACUGCUGCUCUCAGUGUGGGAAGAGUUUCACCUGUCCAGGAGGUCUUAAGUUACACCAUAGAAUCCAUACAGGAGAGAAUCCGUACAGAUGUUCACAGUGUGGGAAGAGUUUCGCUGCUUCUAACACCUUAAAAUCUCAUCUGAGAAUACAUACAGGGGAGAAGCCUUACCCCUGCCUUGAUUGUGGGAAAAGCUUUGUUAGUGCAGGAACCCUAACCAUACACAAGCGUGUACACACUGGAGAGAAACCUUAUAGCUGUGAUCAGUGUGGGAAGUGCUUUUCUCUUUCAGAAAAUCUAACUAUACACCGGCGCAUACACACUGGAGAGAAACCUUAUGUCUGUUAUCAGUGUGGGAAGAGCUUCACUCAGUCAGGAGACCUGACUACACACCAGCGAACACACACUGGAGAGAAGCCUUAUAAAUGUGAUCAAUGUGGAAAGAGUUUUGCUCUCGCUUCGUCCCUGACUAGACACCAGCGAACACACACUGGAGAGAAGCCUUAUAGCUGUGAUCAGUGUGGGAAGAGCUUUGCUCGAGCUUCCAACCUGUCUACACACCAGCGAACACACACUGGAGAAACACCUCACAGCUGUGAUCAGUGUGGUAAGAGUUUUAGUCAGUCAAGAGAUCUGAUUACACACCAGCGAACACACACUGGAAAGCGGCCUUAUAGUUGUGAUCAGUGUGGGAAGAGAUUUAGUCAGUCAGGGAACCUGAUUAGACACCAGCGAAUACACACUGGACAGAGGCGUUAUAGCUGUGAUCAGUGUGGGAAGAGUUUUAGUCAGUCAGGGAACCUGACAAGACACCAGCGAACACACACUGGAGAGAACCCUUAUAUCUGUGUAUGUGGAAAGAUAUUUGUUCAUUUAGGGCCAAUGAAAAAACACCAGAAAGCACAAACGUGUCUUUCAACUCCCUCCUAUCUGACACCGGUUCCAGAUCCCUAAAUAAAGGAUCAAUAGAAAACAUCUAGUGAACAGUCAUAUCCAUCUCUCAUUCUUAAACAGUUGACUUAGUCUGAUCACCACGGUAACCUGUUUGGAACAUAGAUGCGGUAAAGAAGUCAAUUGAACUCGAGCAAAACAAUGGAAUUGCCAUGGAAAUAUGUGGGAGAAAAGGCCAUGGGGGGAAUAAUCCUGAAUCUCUUCAUUGCCCCCCAGCAAAAUUAUCCUACGUUUAGACUAUUGUUUAUAUGUGUAUGUCACAAUAUAUUGAGGUACAAAUCAGAGUAUAUUGCUUGUAUGGAUGUCAACCCUAACAAUAAAUGUUAGUUUCCCCAAUGAACUGCAUUACUUAAAAAUAUUUGACUACCACCACCGAUGUCUGUAUGCUAGCUAUGCUAACCAGCUCAUACUAAUUGGAGUUAGCAUUUAGAAGUCACUUCUCAACUUUUAAAUGUUACCUGCGAAAACAGCCAAAUAUAUCUAAAUCAGACUUAAGAAACCACAUUGUGAGCCUGUUACAAUACAUAUAGUGCAUUCGGAAAGUAUUCAUACCCCUUGACUAUUUUCCACAUUUUGUUACAUUACAGCCUGAAAAUGUAUUAAAUACCCCCCCCCCCCCCUCAAUCUACACACAAUACCCAAUAAUGACAAAGGGAAAAGUUUAGGAAUUUUAGCAAAUGUAUUUUUUUUAAAGAAGAAAAAAAGAUGCAUACCUUAUUUACAUAAGUAUUCAGACCCCUUUCUAUGAGACUCAAAAUUGAGCUCUGGUGCAUCCUGUUUCCAUUGAGAUGUUUCUACAACAUGAUUUGAGUCUACCUGUGGUAAAUUCGGUUGAUUGGACAUGAUUAGGAAGUGCACACUCCUCUUUCAUAUUUUCAAUGACGGCCUGGGAACAGUGGGUUAACUGCCUUGUUCAGGGGCAGAACGACAGAUUUUUACCUUGUCAGCUCAUCGAUUUGAUUUUGCAACAUUUCGGUUUCAAGUCCAACGCUCUAACCACUAGGCUACCUGAUCAAACAGACUCACGAAACGCAUAUUACUUCUUUGUAAAUUGUGUUGUAGUGUGCCACUGGCUAUCUGUAAAAUAAACAAUUGAGCUGUCUGGUUUACUUCA